AUCGUGCCGAAGGUCGUCUCAAAUAGGACCGGUGCAACUAUCAUAUGUGGCGGUGCGGUGUCCCUUCUUGUGCGGUUCUUCUUCGUCGGACGAAGCAUUCGCAUAGCCGUCCUGCAGAACUCGUCGCUGCUUAUUCUUGCACCCUGCUUUUGCAUCACCACCGCAGUGUUUGCUCGAUACAUACACGGUGCAGGAACACUGGAGAAUUGACAUGGCGCUCAAUGUAGGCUUAGCAUGCGACGUCAUACUCGCAAUUCCGGUGGUUCACUCUUUGUAUACCAAGAAGAUCCGCCGUGUUCAGAAGCGCGACCUUUCUUGGCUAUUCGAAACCGGCUUUCUUAUCAGCAUCCAGCAGCUCUUCUUGAAAGUCAAUAUGUCUAGCAGUGCACCGAGGGAGCUAUGUCUCGCAAUUUACGUGUUAUCGGCGAGCAUCUCCGCAUGUUCCAUGCUUGCUGCUUUGAGUAACCGAGAUUAUCGGAAAAAAGACUUGUCUGUUCUGGUCGAAAGCCAAGAGCCUUUUGAUGCUGAACUUGAGAAAUCGGUUCAAUAGUACCUGCGACAGGAGAGAUCACAUAAUAGAUAGAACUUAUGGCUUGUGUAUGACGUACCUUUGCUUGCUGCUACACCCGCUGUUAAUUUGAAC